AUGUAUGAUAAGGACGAGCAUGGAGUUGCUGAAACACUAUGUGAAAACGGAAACGAAGGGGACGAGAAAAAAGUAUGUGAGUUUAUUCUCCAGAAUUUACUAAAAAUAAAAGGUGUUAGGGGCAAGGAAUGUAAUAUAGAGAACAUUGAGGAGGAGUUGAAGGAAUAUGUCCACUGUACAACACUAAACUUAUGGUCAGCUUUGUACAUAUUUAAUCAUUGUGAUAAGCAGGAUGUUGUACAUAGGGCAUAUAAUGUAAUGGAAAGUCUGAAAGAAUUAGGUAGAGGAACUCAAUGUAAAGAGUGUACGUAUAGGGAAUUAAAACCUAUGGUAGUAGUAAAGGGUAUGGACAUGUUAAAAUAUAUGUAUCUAACUAUGAAUGGGGAUGCGAAAAUUAUGAACUUAAUAAAGAAAGACCCAAAACCCACGGAGAAUUGUGAAGAGCAAAGGAAGAAUCUAACAAAAUUGGGUCUCCAGAUUAAUAGUAUGAGGACUAGUGGGGGUCAGCAACAUCAAGCAGCAGCAGCGCAACCAGAAAUGACCAAAGAACAGUUUAAUUUCAUAAGUCAAUUAAUAACAAAAUGGGUAAUGACAAAGGGAAUAUGGGGAGGCAUGAAGACAGUAUUUACUAAUCUUAUGUCAACUCUUAAAGGCGAACAACCAAUAAUAGCGACAACUUGUGAAACAGGGUUGGAUAGUAACUUCCAGGAAAUAACUCCAUGGGAUAAGGAAGAAAAAGAAUUAUGCAAAGCUAUGAUGAAAGUUAUGUCAUAUACAAAUGGUUUAACACAAAAUUUUGGAGUAAGGGACGGCAUAAAGGGUGAAGAUACGGUAACUACGUACUUAAGGUGUCUAAUCGGAACCGUCGUGUUAGCAGAAUUAUAUGGAAGCAAUUGCCGUUUUGAUAAGGUACUUCCACAUGUAUCAGGGAUGGUGCACGCAUACGUGGAGAGUAACCUAAUGGAAAUGACGGAUAAGAAGUGCAGUGAGUUCAGUUUGGAGAGUGCACAAAUAGGAGGAAAACUUAUUAGUAAAACUGUAGUAGACUGGAUAAAUAGUGAAAAAUGGAAGCAAGAUGGGAGAGUCGAGAAAUAUGCAAUGGAAUAUAUGGGAAUUAGCGACCAAAGAAGUAAAACGAAUAUAUCAGACAUUUGUGGAAUCAUAACAGAUAAACCUGGGGGGCGACAUGGGAGACAACCAAAAGAAAUAUGCAAAAGAAUAAUAAGAAUAAUAUACUGGAUGGAAAGAUGGGACAAAGAACGAAAUAAAUGGAAAGGAAAAAGUGAAAAAAAGGAAGAACAGUGGGAACAGUAUCUAAAGUGUAUACUGGGGCAUACAAUUAUAUUGGAAAUUCUUAAAAAUAAGUGCAAUGCUGAUCAGGUUAUGAACAUAAUCUCUGAGACUAUGAGAGGAAGGGGGAACAAUUUUCCAAGUGGAAAAGACGGAAUAGAAUGUGACUGGGUAAAAAUGGAGGAUAUAAAGUCUGUGAAGGAAUUAUUUGGGACGCACAUACAAAAUUGGAUAAAUGAUGCAAGAAAAAGAAGUGGUGGUGUUAGAGACUUUGAGCAGGUAAUGCAAUGGAUGGAGUGUAAACCGAAUGAAAAGCAAAAAGAAGAGCAGGAGCAAAAAGAAAAACCUUGCCAUAGUGAAAGAAUUAUAGACUUAUUAGGAGCAGGAAGAUCAUCACAAUUACGAGACCUAGUCAAUACAGACCCUUCAGCAUCAGCACCAUCGUCGUAUCCAGGUAAGGAACAGGCCUCUGAAGAUAAGAAGGAAGAAGAGAAACCAGAUAAGGGAAGAAUUGACCCAGAUGAACCUGAUCUGCAGGAUAUUAAUGCAGGUUACUAUUUUUUCCUCGGUAAAAGGAGAAAACGUUACGGAAGGGCUCAUCAAGUAUCUGAUCCAACUGUACAAGAACAAUUCCCUGAUCAUGUGGACAACCAGGAUGGUCCAUAUGAAUACACUUUAGUAAGGGAACGCAGACAACCAAGAUCUGUUCCAAAAAAAGCGAAGAGGCCAAAAAAACAGGGCGUUGGUCGUCGCCGUCCUGAUCGCCCUGUUGGUCGCCGCAUGAUUAUUGAUAUUCAUUUAGAAGUCUUAGACGAAUGUCAAAAGGGGAACACCAAAUUGGUUCAAGAGGACUUCUUUGAAAUUUUGGUUCAAGAUUUUAUGGGAUCGCACAUUUUAAACGAGGAAGAUGUUCCUAGGGAAGAUUUUCCACGUUCAGUUUUCAAGUUUUGGGAGGAAGACUUUGUUCCUCCGGAAAAUUUUCCUAAGGAAAGGGUUCGUAGGGAAGGUGUUCCAAGUUCAGAUUCCUGGUUUAGGGAGGAAGACUUUGUUCUUAAGGAAGGUGUUGCUAGGGAAGAUAUUCCUAAGGAAGAUGUUUCUAAGGAACAGGUUCCAAGUUCUGAUUGCGGGUUGAAAGUUGAUGUUCCUAAGGAGCAGGUUCGAGGUUCAGGUUUAGGAUUUAGGGAGGAAGACUUUGUUCCUAAGGAAGAUGUUCCUAGGGAAGAAGUUUCUAAGGAACAGGUUCCAAGUUAA